GGGCGGCGCGGCAGGCGGCCGGUUGGCCUGAGGAGGCGACGCGAGAGCUGGUCAUGGCUCUGCACGGGCUCGUCUACGAGCGUAAGGUGCGACGCCUGCCUCUGCCAGAGGCGCUGGCGGCGUUCGAGGCGGCGCUGCGCUUCGGCGGCGGCGCAGAUGCGGGAGCAGCGGCCGCGGCGGCGCCGGCUACGGCCGAAAGACCGACAUCGUCGGCUGGCGCCACAUCUAGCGGGGCCUCGGCCAGCGGUGCCUCAGGCAGCGCUUCGUCGUCGUCUGGGGGCGGCUCUACCUCUGCGCCGGGCUCUCUGACGCGCGCGGUCGGCGGACUGGCAAAGGUCGCUGUGGCGGGCGGUGGCGACAUGUCCUUGGCGCGGCUGCAGGAACGGAUCAGCACGGCAUACCUGGCUAUGAUGGGGCAGCUCGAGCGGCGGCAUGAGCAGCGGGGAGGCGCGCCGUUGCCCAAGGGCUGCAGCGAGGAGGAGAAGAUCAACGCGUUCGCGCCGCGCAGCGCCGGGCCGCUCUGCGACUCCGCGCACACCCUGCGGCGCUGGUACAAUGCGUGCAGGCACGAGCGAGGCCAAUGGAGCGCGGGUGCGCGGCCGAGCGACGAGGAGGUGGCGCGGGUGAUCAAGAAGAUCGGGGGGCUGCUGGAGCGGCUGGGGUAGAGGUCUGGACUCAUAAAUAAAUAAAUAGAGCAGGCGUGGCAGCAGAAGAGGCGGCCGGCGCGCGUGGAAUAAAGGUUUUGCGCUCGAUGGUGUCUCG